UCUAAUAUAAAUUUCGUGACUCAUUAUUGGGGUUAAAAUAUCUGCGAAUGAUUUUUUAAAAUUUACAUUGUUGUGAAAAACCUAUUGUGGAAAAAUCAGAUAUGUCAAAAUUGUCAAAAUGACACAUCAAACUUUUAAAAACAUGUAAGACUUUUGAGGUUUCUUUUUGUAUUGUGAAGCAGCGAAGGUGUAUAUUUUAUACUUAAUAUUUUUAACUAAAGAGACUAUUUACAAGUCAAAAUGGAUGCGGCAAAUACAUUUGAGGAAAAAGGAAAUAAUGCGUGCGGUUGUUUAAUGCUCAACAAUAGAAUUUAUCCAGUAUUUGAAGGGCUAAACACCAUAGGGAGGAACCCGGAAGCUGUUAUCAACAUAAAAAAUUCGAAUGUUAGUAAACAACAUGCUAUCAUUACCAUAAUCGACGCAGACACACAUUUUAUCAGCGACUUAAAAUCAGUAAAUGGUACAUUUUUGGAUAGUACGAAAUUAAGUCAUCUAAAAUUGUAUUCUUUAAAAAAUGGGGCUUCAAUCAAGUUUGGGGAUGUUUUUUGUACAUACAAAAAACUCGACAGUCAUGAACACAUCACAAAUAACCACGAUGAGACUCAAGAUUUUAGUGAGCCUUUUUACUCUUCAAAUACUCAGCAAGUCGAGGUGCCAACCCUACCAGAAGGAAUUAAUUUUAACGAAAUGCCGACUCAAAUUUUCGAAGAAAGGGCAAUCGGUAUUAAUGAACUGCCUACUCAAAUUCAUAAUUUUGACGAAGUCGGUGAUGACAGUAAUGAUUCAAUUGAUUUUAUAACAAUGCAAAAAACAACAGAAUCACAAACCCUGGCGAAUUCGCCCCCAGAACCGUCUACACAGGUUACAUUGAAUUCUGGUCGUUCUGUAGAGUCAGACGAUGCGCCGGCUAUAUGUCCUGUUAGGAAGGGGACUCGUAAUAUAAUUGAAUCUGAUUCACAAUCGUCUUCACAGGUUAAACAGAAUUCUGAUCUUUCAGCAGGGUCAGAUGAUGAAUCGGUUAUAUGUCCAGUCAGAAAAAAGGCUUCUAAUGUUAUUGAAUCUGAUUCAGAUACAGAAGAAUAUGAACCGAAUCAAAAUAAGUCAAAAUACGUUCUAAGCGAUGACUCUGAAACUGAAAUCGAAGAUAAUGCUACUGAUAAUGUGGAAAAUUUAAAUAAAAAGAUAAAGGAUGACUCUGUAAUGGAUAGUUUAGUUUUAUCAGUUGAUGAAUCUGUUGAAAAAAAUACGGAGAAAAAAGAAGAAUCAACGGUUCAGAGUUCAUCUGAAAAUAAGGAAAAAGAUUUUAAGGUAAAUGAGAAAAUAUUGGAUCAAGAAACUCGUACUGGCGAACAAAUGAAAAAUCAAACUUUACAAAAUGAAUUUGAAGAAAAUAAGCAAGAUGUAGAAUAUCUUGUGUUAGUUAAAAAAGACGCAGUAGAGGAAUCUAUUAAUGAAAAACACUUCUCUAAAUUAAUGGAAAUUGAAGAAAUAACUGAAUUGCCAAUAGAUAAGGGUGGCUGCGCUGCUACUAAAGAUAAAGAUAGUGAAGCUACGGUAAGUGAUCUUGGUGAAGAAUCGGAAGAUCUUAAAUUAAAAUUAAAUUCAGGCGAAGAGGGGAGUAGUAAGGAACAGGAAAAGAGACAAAAUGAGGAAGUUAUAGAUGAAUUUGUUCAGUCAAUUCCUCAAAAUAAUUUUGACUUUGUUGAAGAAAAAAGUAAAAUUGUAGAUGUGAAUGAUCAGGAAACGGAAGAUUUAUAUAUUCAGCCUACUCAACAAAUGGAAGCAAAUACAGUGUCUGAUCAAAUGGUGUCCACUGGUGUUGAAGAUGACGAACUAUAUCUUCAACCUACUCAAACGUUGGAGUUAUUAGAGCAAAUGGAUGAAAAUCCGGAUUUGGAAGAACAAAUUGAGCAUUCUAUUAGUAAUUUAGAGACAUCCCCAAUUUGCAAAAAUACAGAAGCCCAAGAUCCGCCUCCAAAUGCUUUGGAAUCUCUACCUAACGAUAACAAGAGGAGUAAUUUGCUUGAGAAAUCUUCAACUUCGACAAAUUUAAAAGACGAUAUCUUUCUUCCUCCUACUCAAGCUUUGGAAUCUUUACAUGGUGGGGAAGCUUCUGAACAACCUAAAGAUGUUUUUGCGAUACCGAAACAAAAAGACGAUGAUGCGUUUUUACCGCCUACUCAAGCUUUGGAAAGUAUGCUAAGUGAAGGCUUAUCAUCUAAGAAACAAACGACAGAAACGUUGGGUAAUAAGUUAGUAGUGGGCGGUGACUACAGUUUUAUUAUUCAACCAACUCAAGCUCUUGAAGAAAUACAUAGCGAUCCUAACAAUUUGCAUUUCAAUAAAGUCGAAGAUCAGUUGGCGGAAAUAUUUGCCAGUCAAAGUAUAAUGGCCACCCAGCAGCUUGUUAGUGUUUUGGAAACAACCCACGAGGAUAUUAUUGAUGAUAGUAUGUAUGAGGAACCGGACAAGUUGGUUAGAAGAAGUGUAUUUAGUAUGAGUUUUAAACAGUCUAAACCGCUUAGUGAUGAAGCGGUGAAAGAAAUUUUAGGAGAAGGGAUGGAAAAGGAAACACAGGAAAUACAAAAUGUGCAUAAUGAGAAUGUUAAAACUUAUACGAGGAAUAAGUUUUUGAUUGGAAAAGAACCAAUUGAGAAGAAAAUGUUGGAAGAAGCCACAUCUGGUUUUGAUACAGAAUCGAUUAGUAGCUCUUCACAAGCAAGUCAAAGUAAGGAAGAUAAUAGUGGGAAAAGUGGGAAGGGAGGAAAAAGUAAACAGGACUUAUCAAUAAAAGAUGAUGAAGCAGAGGAAUGUAGAAACAAAGAAAAAAUUAAUUUUGACAAGGAUUCUAUUAUGACUAGAAGUGGAAGGAGAAAACAAGCACUAAAUACUCCAGAUGCGGAUGAAGCGAAAAACAAUGAACAGGACAAUAUUGAAAAUAAAGCUGAUGUGUCAUUGACUGAACCUGGAAUUGUAGAUGCAAAAAAGGCAAAAGAGGACGAUCAUACUAAAAAUAUAUUGAAGCAAAAUAAUAGUGCCUUUAGCAACUCGACUAAUGAUGUGGUGAAAGAAAGUAAAAAAAAGGGUAGGCCCAAAAAGAAAGACGAUUUAAGUAAUGAAAAAUUAACUCUUGUGGAGGCUAAAGGUGAUGACAAGGAGGAUGUUAUAGGAAUUACUCCUAAAGGUCGAAAAAGAAAAGGUGGGAGAGAACAGUGUAAUGAAUCUCAAAGUAGUAAUAGUGAUGAACAAAAAACAAUAACAAGAAAGAGGAAAAACGAAGAAACUCUCACCUCUACAGAAACAUCUAAUAAAUUGAGAAAGAAAGUAACUACCAAUACUGCGGAAGGUAGAGAAUCACCUCUCAAUAAAAAUCUUAAAGUUCAACCUGCUACAAGUACUCCAAGGAAACGAGUUCGUAGAGGAACACAUGAUUCAGAAGACGCUUUUGAAACCAAAAUUCCGAAAUGUGAAGAAUCUGCUAUAAAGAAGCUUCCUGCAACAUCAAGAAUGAAUACAAGGAGAGGAAAAGUAGAAAAAGACGAAGAUGUAGUGAGUAUUUCAUCAACUUCCAGUAAUCAGGAGCAAACAGUUGAUAACAAAAGGCAUAAAUCUGACGAAUCUAUUAAGAAGGAAAAAGCUGAAUCUUCAAAAAUGACUACUAGAAGCGGGAGAUUGGGAAAAGAGGAUGAUGUUGUCAGUAUCUCGUCAUCUUCAAGUAAUCGGGGACAAGCUGUUGAUGUCAAAAGCCCUAAAUUUGAUGAAUCUGCUACGAAGAAAACGUCAAAACUAUCCAAAAUGACUACUAGAGGAGUAAAAAUAAAAAAAGAGGACGAUGUAAUGAGUAUCUCGUCAACUUCAAGUAGUCAAGAUCAAACAGUUAAAGAGCCAACAAAGAGGGGAAGACGUUUGAGUGCAAAUAGUAGACGAUUGAAGAGGGAGGAAGAAGAACAAGAGAAAAAAAAUAAAACUAUAACUAAACAGAACUUAAUCGAAACCUCUUCACCAACAACAUCAGGAAGUCCACAGAGAUCCAAAAGGCAGUUAAAACCUAAAGUAGUGUUUACAAUGAUGGAUAAUCCUGAGUUAGAAUCUUUAAUUCGUCAUUUAGGCGGUAGUAUUGUGGAAACAGUUGACGCCUGCACCGUGCUGGUCACGGAAAAUGUUAAGCGUUCACAAAAACUGCUCUGUGCAGUGGCUCAAAGCAAACCCAUUUGUUCGCCACAAUGGUUACAUGCAUGCAAAAAAGCAUCUGUAUUUGUCGAUCCUUGGGAUUAUAUUCUUGAAGACAAAGAAGCCGAGAAGAAAUGGAAAUUUUCGUUACGCGAAUCGUUAAAUCGCAGUAGCAAGAAGAAAUUAUUAGAGAACCAUUCAUUCCAGUUGAUUGUGAAUAAUGCAGCAGAUGUAUUGAAGGGCGCCAUUGAAGCAUGUGGAGGCAAAUGUUUAAGAAGUUUAGCAAAAGCUGAUUCUGAUAAUUUAUAUAUUGUGUCAUGUGAAGAGAAUAAGAGUAAAUGUAAUAAGAUCGUGAAACAGAAUCCGAAGAUUAAAAUUGUUACGGCUGAAGCCAUUUUUGAUGGUACUCUGCGACAAGAAUUUAAAUUUAAUGAUCAUGUACUGAUGUAAUCUGCAUUUUAUUUUGAAAAUAAACAAUAUACAUAAAA